AUGGGUCAUGUGCCCGGUCAGUUCUGGGGCCUGAGCACGGUCAGCUAUGGGGCUCACUGGGGCAUGAGCCUGAUGGAGGCCAUGGAGGUGGACUUCCCCGUGGAGGGAGGUGGUGGCGGGCGGCUGGAGGAGGUAGUUCCGGUGGCGGGUCCAGCCGGAGAUCCCUCCCGCCCGCAGGGUUUCUCAGACUCUGGCAGCAGCACCGAAGUGGACGAGGACGAAAACGAAAACGACGAGGGGCCUCUCAGGCUCCCGGCCACGUGGGCGUUCAGCCAGAGGGUGGUGGACAGAGCCUCAGCUCCACCUUCGGCCGCUCCAGGGACGCACACUCGGAGGAGACUCAGGCAGGGUCUGCGGGUGCACUACCCCAGCCAGUCUACAGCCCCCUCCAGAGGCUUCCCAGACUUCCUGCUCCGAGCUCCGGCCGCCGCCGUCCCCGAACCCGAGUCCGGCAGCACCACCGAGGUCAGCGACUCUGAGGACGAGGGGGGGGGGAGAGAGGGGAUUCCUGCUGUUGCUCAGCCCACCGAGCCCGUCCCAACUGCCGGUCCUCUGCAGGACCCACCCCCAGAACCACAGGCCGCCACUUCAACCAACUCUGGUUCACCUUCAGACGGCGACAGGACAGAAGUUCAAAAUCAGCAUAAUCAGCCGCCGCACUCUGAGGACUCGGAGGGCGACGCGUGCAGCAUCUGCUUCGAGGCGUGGACGACGGCGGGCGAGCACCGGCUGUCCGCGCUGCGCUGCGGACACCUGUUCGGAUUCACCUGCAUCCAGCGCUGGCUCAAGGCUCAGGGGUCGGCGGGGAAAUGUCCACAGUGCAACAAGAAAGCAAAGCGGACCGACAUCGUGCUGCUGUACGCUCCGAAGCUGAGAGCCCUGGACAACUCUGAGCAGGAGAGCCUGAAGAAAUCUCUGGAACAGGAGCAGUCUCUGAGGAGAAAGGCUGAACUGGAGUCGGCCCAGUACAAGCUCAAACUGCAGGUGGUCACCAACCAGUACGGACAGGCCCAGCAGGAGCUUCAGGAGCUGAAGGCCUUGAUGGCUCACACCAGCAGGAGCUGUGCCCCCUCCUCCUCCUCCACUUCCCCCCUCCUCAGUCUGUCUCAGCGGGCCGACGGCUCCAAAAAGGCCGGCUACAGCUUCUCUAAGGCCCUGCUGGUGUCUCAGGCGGGUGGCUGCCGGGUUUUGUCCUACUGUGAACCUCUGAGCUGCCUGCUGGCCUCUCAGCCUUCUCCCCACUCCACACUGGUGCCCGGUUGUGGGGUGAAGAAGGUGAGCGUGGUGAACAUGAAAGCAAGUCAGUACGUUCCCAUCCACAGCAAGCAGAUCCGAGGCCUGAGCUUCAACAGGCAGAACGACAGCCUGCUGCUGUCCGCCGCGCUGGACGGCACCAUUAAACUGACCAGCCUGCUGACCAACACAGUGGUCCAGACCUACAACGCCGGUAAACCCGUGUGGAGCUGCUGCUGGUGUCUGGACAACAGCAACUACGUGUACGCCGGUCUGAGUAACGGCUCGGUGCUCAUCUACGACACCAGAGACACCAGCACACACGUCCAGGAGCUGCAGCCGCUGCGCUCCAGCCUGCUGACCAACACAGUGGUCCAGACCUACAACGCCGGUAAACCCGUGUGGAGCUGCUGCUGGUGCCUGGACAACAGCAACUACGUGUACGCCGGUCUGAGUAACGGCUCGGUGCUCAUCUACGACACCAGAGACACCAGCACACACGUCCAGGAGCUGCAGCCGCUGCGCUCCAGAUGUCCGGUGGCGUCCCUCUGCUACGUCCCGCGCGCGGCCUCCAGCUCCUUCCCCUGUGCGGGGCUCAUCGCCGGGUCCCUGGAGGGGGGGUACUUCUGGGAGCAGGUGAACGAAACCACCUACAGGCCGCACUUCCUCCCGCUGGAGAACGGGGGCUGCACGGACAUCCAGGUGGAGCCGGAGAGCAGACACUGCCUGGUCACCUACAGACCGGGCCGCUCCCACCCGUCUCUGCGCUGCGUGCUGAUGGCUCUGGACCGGAGCCCCCAGCAGGACUCCGGCCAGCUGCCCGGCUGCUCCUGCUCGCCCGUGCAGACCUUCAGCGCCGGCUCCUCCUGCAAGCUGCUCACCAAGAACGCCGUCUUCAAGAGCCCCGACGGAGCCGGGAUGCUGGUCUGUGCCGGGGACGAGGCCUCCAACUCCACCAUGGUGUGGGAUGCAGGCAGCAGCUCGGUGCUCCAGAAGCUUCCGGCCGACCUGCCGGUGCUGGACAUCAAACCCUUCUCGGUGAACGGCGAGCACUUUCUGGCCGCGCUCACGGAGAAGAUGCUGAAGCUCUACAGAUGGGAGUGAACCGGAGUCCCAGAGCACAAAGCAAAGGCAGGAUGCAUUCUGGGUAAAACGUGGACAUGUACAUGCUGCUAAACAUUCACACAGAGGAAGAAAAAAACAAACAAACCCAGGGAGUGAUGGACUUGAGGAAACUUUUCUUUUACCUUUUUUAUUUUUUUGAUUUGCCUCAUUUUAUUUUGCUCAUCUUUCAGGUGUUUGUGUUUUUUUUCUGGUUCUGGGGCAGCUUUGUGUUGGGACUCAGGUCAUUCUUACAUAGCCUAUGUCAAAAGUUGGUCAAAUCUCAGUCUUUACAUCAUGAAAAUGGACAGAUGUCCUCUUUCUGCCUUCUGAUUGUCUUUUCAUUUAAUGGUUAUGGCUCUACGAACUGUCAUUUUCUAUUUCAGACCAAAAGGUUUUGUCUUUGUUUUUUUAGCUGGAAUGUAAUAGUCAUCUGGACCUUAUUAUUUAACUUUGAUUUGACUCUUAACACUGAUUUAUCCCCAAGCAGGGUUUUUACAUAUCACUUGUCACAUUUUAUAGCAGCAUCCCUCCCACCACAGCACAGGUAGGCUGAAAAAAAAAGGUAUUUUCUGAUUUGAAACUUGGUUGUUAAACUAGUUUUAAACAGGAAGCUCUCAGUCCAGGCUCUCUGAAUAUUCCUAAACUUGUUUUUUUGUAGCUAAGAAGUAUAAUCAUGCUGAAAUCCACCUCAUAAAAUAGCAGCAUCACCACAAACAUAACUGAUAAUGAACCUGGUGAGUUCCACUGGCCGCCCUGACCCAGACCCAGAUUUAUUAUUCUCUAUUUUUGCAUGUUAUUUUUCUUGAAGUGCCAGAAGCCAGCGAUCAAACUUGAAGUGGAAAAAAGCUAACUGGAACGUGCAAACAUCCAUCUGGAAACGAUCCAGAGACGUUAGAAACUUCUUCAGAUUGUUUAUGACCGCCCCGUUUAAAUGAAAGGACCACCAGCUCAGAGGCCUUGAAUUGACCACAUUUCAAUUCCUCAUGAAAAUCAAAACUCCAUACUUGGAGUUUUUUAAUUCAGUCCGACUCCCGGUCCCAGUUAAACAGCUGCGUUUCCCUCUCUGGCUCAUUUUCAUCGUCUUAAGAAAGACCUGUACUUUUCACUCCGAAUGGAACAUUAAGUGCCAAAGUCGACUAUUGUAAAUGUUACUUUUUUUGUCUUUUAAAGGUUGUAUAUAUGUAUAUUUGCUACCAACUGUGUACAACUUCAAAGUUAAUAAAAUUGUGAUUUAUUUUGAAUUGAA